AACAAUAAUACCAAACAAACACCUCUUCUCCCACUUCCUUUCCCUCUCUCAACCUCACACCGGACCGAUCUCUCUUCCUUCUCACAACGGUAGACCAGCGAGCCCAUAUUUCUGCGACACAACCUAGGUAGCAUUCUGCGAUACGGCAAAUUCGUGCCCCUCUCUCUCUCUCUCUCUCUCUCUCUCUCAGCUCGACCUGAAUCCUAGAGAAAGAAGCAGCGAUGGGCCAUGGGAGUGCUGGCGUUGUGGCUUGUGGACUUGAACACGUUUGGAUUGUUGGAGUUAAUCGAAAAACGAAAGAAGCAGAUCUGUGAUGAUUUGGGAUUUCUAUUUUUCCCUUCGGAUUGCCUGUAAAAUUUGAAUUUUUUUUUUAGUUUUUGUUGUGAUGAUUACACAUCUGUUGUUGGAUUGUUGUGGUUAAUUAUUAAAGAAGAAGAAGAAGAAGAAGAAGAAGAAGAAGAAAAAUAAGAGGAAGAGGACAACGAACUACAACAAGAACUAGAGCAAGAACAAGAAGACGACCAUAGCCCUAGGUAUUGUGGGCUGGCCCCUCCCGAUCCAAAAAUGGUGCUGAUAUCGGCCGUACGCGAUUACAUCAGUCGAAUGUUGCAGGACAUAUCGGGCAUGAAGGUUCUCAUGCUUGACUCUCACACGGUUAGUAUUGUGAGUGUUGUGUAUUCACAGUCCGAGCUUCUUCAGAAGGAAGUGUUUUUAGUGGAAUUGGUGGAUUCGAUUGCCAUGUCAAAGGAACCAAUGUCACACCUCAAAGCAGUUUACUUUCUUCGGCCAACCUCUGAGAAUGUCCAGCACAUGAGGCGUCAAUUGGCUACUCCUAGAUUUGGGGAGUACCAUUUAUUUUUCUCAAACAUAUUGAAGGACACUCAGAUUCAUAUUUUGGCUGAUUCUGAUGAACAGGAAGUUGUGCAGCAAGUUCAGGAAUUCUAUGCAGACUUUGUUGCAGUGGAUCCUUACCAUUUCACCUUGAAUAUGCCUUCAAAUCACAUUUAUAUGCUCCCAGCAGUUGUAGAUCCUUCAAGUGUGCAGCGCUUCUGUGACCGAGCUGUAGAUGGCAUUGCAGCAGUUUUCCUGGCAUUAAAGCGGCGACCUAUUAUUCGAUAUCAACGGACUUCUGAUAUUGCCAAAAGAAUUGCACAGGAAACAGCGAAGCUAAUGUACCAGCAGGAGAGUGGUCUUUUUGAUUUCAGGCGUAUGGAAGUUUCUCCAUUGUUGCUUGUUAUUGAUAGAAGAGAUGAUCCUGUUACUCCACUGCUGAAUCAGUGGACAUAUCAGGCAAUGGUACAUGAGUUGAUUGGUAUUCAAGACAAUAAAGUGGACCUGAGAAGCAUUGGCAAAUUACAAAAGGAUCAGCAGGAGGUUGUGCUGUCGUCAGAACAAGAUGCUUUUUUUAAAGCUAACAUGUAUGAAAAUUUUGGAGAUAUAGGAAUGAAUAUCAAGCGGAUGGUAGAUGAUUUUCAACAAAUUGCGAAGAGUAACCAGAACAUCCAGACGAUAGAGGACAUGGCGAAAUUUGUUGACAAUUACCCGGAGUACAGAAAAAUGCAUGGAAAUGUUUCAAAGCAUGUGGCACUCGUUACAGAGAUGAGUAAGAUAGUUGAACAGAGAAAACUCAUGUUGGUGUCAGAAUCAGAGCAGGAGUUAGCUUGCAAUGGAGGGCAAGUUGCAGCAUUUGAGGCUGUGACAAACCUUUUACAAACUGAGAAUGUCCAAGAUAUUGACCGUUUGCGCCUGGUAAUGCUGUAUGCUUUGCGCUAUGAGAAGGAGAGUCCUGUUCAACUGAUGCAGCUUUUCAACAAACUUGCUUCUCGAUCUGCCAAGUACAAGCCUGGGCUUGUCCAAUUCCUCUUAAAGCAAGCUGGUGUUGACAAGAGAACUGGGGAUCUUUAUGGAAAUCGAGAUCUUCUGAAUAUUGCUCGUAAUAUGGCUCGGGGGCUGAAGGGGGUUGAGAAUGUGUACACGCAACACCAGCCUCUUCUGUUCCAAACUAUGGAAAGCAUCACCAAGGGGCGGUUGAGAGAUGUGGACUACCCAUAUGUCGGAAAUCACUUUCAACAGGGCAGACCGCAGGACGUCGUAAUUUUCAUCGUUGGUGGGACCACAUAUGAAGAGUCACGUAUUGUUGCUCUGCAAAAUAGUACUAAUUCUGGAGUUCGCUUUAUUCUUGGUGGUUCUGUGGUUCUCAAUUCUGAGAGGUUUCUAAAAGACCUGGAAGAUGCUCAGAGAGUAGCUCGUUCCAGCUCCAGUGUAGUCUGAAGUUCAAAUGCUGCCAGUUUGGUUACUUGCUGCGUCCUGUCAGACGUUUGUGGGUUUACAUAUAUGGGUUAUUCUGUCUUGGUGACUUGUCAUGCCAUCCUAGUAUCUUAAAGUGCGACAGCAGGCUGAUGAUGGAUCAUUGUGAUCAGCCUGGCUAAUCACCAGCUUGAGUUUUUGUAUACAUGGAUCCACACAGGUGUAAAGCUGUAAUAUUUCUUCACAAGGACCUAAAGCCCAUCAAGUUCAUCCUGGAGGGUCAGACCUCCGUAAUUAGGACCCCCUCUCCAAAAAAGUAAGUAAAAUACAAAGCGCACUGAGAAAUGGAAGGGUAAAAUUUACUAACCAAGCUUGAGAUUUGUUUAAAAAAACACAGCCUUACCAUUGUCCAUUGACACCAACCGGUAUGACACUUGUAAUUCUUCUGUUUGUUUAAUCAUUGCUUAUAAAAAUAUCAGUCAGUUGAUGUGCUGUAUUUUUUGGGAGCUAACGUUUAAAUUGAUUACAAAUUUAGUGAAAAACGGACACCGGUAAAUGUCGGUAUUUCUUUCCGGAACAAUGCAUUUUAUUGUUUCACGUA